AUGAGGAACCAUGUUGUCUGCGAAUAUACGAACAUAUUUGACAUAUCCAACACAAAUAAUGCCCAUUCACCAAUGUCCAUGGUUCAUGAUUUUACAGAUGAGGAAUGUAACAUAUUAAAUGAUUUGGAAGCUGCAUUCAACGAUGAGUCAACGAGUGACCUUACGAUAAAAAACAGAAACAGAUCCAUGAUUUACGUCCACAAGUCUAUCUUGAAGAUUCGUUGUUCGUAUUUCAGAACAUUGCUCGGCUACAUUGAAAGUACAGAAAGCAUCAUCAAUCGUGACAUUUAUGUAUAUGCAGUGUAUGAAACCUUUUUUAAAUAUUUAUAUACUGGCAAAUUCGAUCUAGCAUCUGUACAUGACUUGUUAGAUCUCUUAGUACUGGCUGAUGAUGUCGGGGAGAAAAAUCUCGAGAUGGAUUGUUUUCCAGCAAUAAGGAAAGCAAUUACCGUAUCAAACGUUAUAGACCUUUUCAACCUUGUUAACAAAGUGUAUGAAAAAAUGUUGCCAGAUAAACAUAAAGAGGAAUUGACGAAUUAUUGUUAUAACUUCUAUUUGAAAAAUGUGACGGAAGUGAUCCAGACUGAAGAUUUUCAAAACUUGGAUAAUGAAAGUCGAAUUAAGUUCUUAACUAGACGGAACGAGUUCUUUGAAAAUUGA